AUCGUCAUUUGGCAGCAGCGACAGUGCUGUUUUACGGUCGGCCUAUCAACUCUCUCAUCACUCACUACAUUCCUCUGUUUGCUUUGCGUGGAUUCUCCCAAAUUCCCAACUCUCUUCAUCUUUCUCACGGUCACAGCUUUUUCGACAUUCCCCAAUACUUUUAUCUCUCUACUCUGAUCGAGAUUCGAGACAAGAGAGAGAGAGAACCCGAACAAAACCGUCACACCAAGCAAGCUCUUCUGCCGACUGUCCAUUCCAUCAGCAUCCGGAAGAUUAAAAAAAAAAGAAAAAAAAAAUUGUCUUAUUUUAUGUUGAAAUCAUAGCAUAUAUACAUUGCAAAGAGGGACAAAUUUAUUUGUUUUAUUGUGAGAUCAAGACAGAGAAAGACAAGAACUUGGAAGAGUAGAAGAAGAGUGGCAAAGAUUUGGAAGAGAGACCCUUUUGGUAUACUUAGUCAUUUUGGAGGAGAGGGAGGAGAAUGGUGAGUAUCUUCUCGCGAUUCUCUGGGAGAACCGGACAUAGACGGGCUCAAAGCGCGCUUGUUGAGAGGCAAGUAUUGUCACCAAAUUCUGAGGUAGCUGGUGCUACUACCAUUGCUGCUGCAGCUGUACCUGCUGCCUCUCACGGGAUUGAAGUGGCCAUAGAGUUUAAGCCAGUUGAACACCCAAUUGAGCCCCUUGACAAUGAUCGUCCAGUAAAAUGCCCCUUACCAGAACCUUCCAUUCUCAAUGAUGGGAGGAUAUGGAAGGAGCGGAUGUCAGCAAAUGGACGGAGGGGUAACUUGCCGGUUAUGAAGGAAGGGGUCAACCUUGAAUCUGAAACUGUUGGAACAAAGCCACGUUCAGCUCCAUCCAAUCGCUUGAUUCUUCCUUCCCUUAGUGCCCCAGAGCACAAUAUCAUCAAUCUGCUGGAAGAAUGUAAUGCAUCAGGGGUCUAAAGUGAUUGUUACCAUCUGAUCGUCCCUGAGAUUUUGUUUUCACUUAUACCAUCGUAUUAUAAAUGCUUUCUUUCCAUAUAUUUUUUCGUUCUUCCCUUUUUGUUCCUUUUCUCUUUUGUUUCAUAUUCUUGUUUGGGAUUAGUAAAUAGACUUGUAAAAUUUUAUUGAAAUAGAAAUAAUAGCAUUUGUAAUCAUGUAAUCUCAAAUCAUAGGAGAAGUCACAUGUUAUGUAAUUAUUUAUAUUUAAGAUCUCAUGAAAGGAAGUAGCAACUAAUGUCUUAGCUAA